ACGGCACGCUACGGCCAACGAAGAGGAGACAACGGCGGCAGCGACGACGACGACGGCGACGGCCGCGACGUGCGAGCGGACAAGAGUGAGGCCGCAUACGGGUCGUAGACCGUUCGUGUCCGCAGUUCGGGUCGCAGUGGUCGACGGCGACGGCUGAGACGGUAACAUGGCUGCCGGCUGUUGCGGUACGAAAAAGCAGAAGCUCAACAACUCCGCGGGCGUACCAUGCAACGGCACGGCGGUGAUGUCGAACGGCACGCGUAUACGUAAUACACCGAUCGUGCAGCCCGAGAUGGGCUUCUACUGCUUCGACGUCCUCUACUGCCAACUGCACCAACUUGACCCACCAAAACCGCCCAACUUCAGCAACGAAGCAUUUCCUCUGUUCGUAACAUGGACUAUUGGAAAGGAUAUGCGACUACGCGGCUGUAUCGGUACAUUCAAUGCCAUGCACUUACACGCAGGACUUAGGGAAUAUGCUACUACUAGUGCUUUCAAGGAUUCGCGAUUCAAUCCUAUAACGCGAGAGGAACUUCCACGCUUACACGUAAGCGUUUCUAUACUGCGGCACUUUGAAGACGGCGUGGACUACUUAGAUUGGGAGAUAGGAGUCCAUGGGAUUCGCAUAGAGUUCCAUAAUGAAAAAGGCAACAAGAGAACUGCUACUUACUUACCUGAUGUUGCGACUGAACAAGGUUGGGACCAGAUACAAACUAUAGACUCGCUAUUACAUAAGGGUGGCUACAAGGGCUUAGUUACGCCGGAUAUUAGACGCAGUGUGAAGCUGACGCGAUACCAGAGCGAGAAGAUUACUGUAAGCUAUCAAGACUACAUGACACAUUGGCAUAACCGACGAUGCUAGCAGCUGGCUUGGGGUCCUAUCCAGGGGCCCCUACCAUGCCAAACGCCCGGCACAUUUUGUUACAAAAAUAUUUCAGACACAGUUAACGCAUCUUACUCACAAUACAGUACCACACAAUACAACUCUUUCAUGGCCAAUCAGCAGCAUACAUUAGUUAUGGUUCAGCCGAAUCACCCCACAUUUAUACACACACUUCCGCUGCCACCAAUUCCUCCGGUUGUGGUACCUAUGCAAAACUAUCCACCAUUCUGAUAGAAUUAUGCGUACCGCAUCCUUCAGUACGCUGUAUCGUUAUUCUUUACAAACUUUUGUAACGCAGAUAAAUGAAUUAAAUGCAUAAAGGAAUAUAAUUGAAGGCGACUAUUAUGUACUAUUUUCUAUUGCUUGAAUUGGUGCCUAUUAUAUAUAUUUUGAUUGUUCAGCAGCAUUUAUAGUGUCUGUCCUUUUUUUCACUUUCAUUAUCAGUUCUUAUGCGAUUUUUAUUCGUCUGUGAAAAGAAAUGCGGAAAAAAAAUACAGUCUUGAAUAUGGUGGCAAUGUUCUUCCAAAACAUUCGUUGUAAGCAUAAAUAAUAUUAUCGGCAUAGAGACAUUUGUAUAUGGUAGAUUCUUGUUCUCGUAUUGUACAAUUUUAUGAUUGUUAAAUUUGAACUGAAAACGAAAAUAAUCUAUUUGCGAGUAACAAUGCAAGUUCAGUUUGCUGUCGAACAUUUGACUAGCCAUUAAUCGUUACGAUGUAAAUACUAUGCGAUUGUAGCUUUGCCAUUAUACCAUCGUGCUAGAACAUUAGACACUCAUAUUAGUAUUUGUGAAAAGUGACGCCAAGAAUUUCCGUAUACAUAAUACUGUCUAUAAUUAAUUGUGACUAUAUUAGUCCAUUCAUUCGAUAAUGCACAAAUUUAUCGUGGUCGCCUGUUUACAUUGCCUGUAAAAGCAAAUUCAAAUUAUCAGCGAAUAUAUGCGAGCAAUGAAAUGCUUCGAUUUUUAAAAUAAUAUUCAAGGAAAAAAUUUAGUUGGAGCAUUCUGUAAGAUAGUACGGAUGCGCUAUUCUGUAGAACGCAUAAAAGUUAUUUUCUUUCUAAGAUCUAAUGUAGCCGUUAAUUCAUAUUUGCAUAAUUAUUUCACACAAUAACACUACACAUCUGAACAGAAUUUCCUUGCAUCAAUGGUAUAAAUACAUUUUUUUUCUUUCAUUGUUAUUAAAUGUUUUAUACUAAUUUAUUUAUGGGCAUUGAUCUUUUUUAUCUGUUUUUUUUUGUUAACACAUGCAGACCGUUGUACGAUGAAACACAAAAGUGACAUGUAGAUAUAAAUAUUGUAUAAAUUUUUAAUGUUGCAUAUUUAUACCAUUCCUACAAUGAAGUUUAAAAUGUUUAGAUUACAGUCCAGAGUUUUAUUACAGCAAAGAGGAUUCUAUAAAUUAACAAUAAUAAUUAAUCAAAUCGUUAUGUUUGAGUGUUUUUUAAAGUUCUAAUAUCGUGAUUUGUCUGAUUUUAAUAUCUAAUUUUAAAAGAAACUCAUGAUUUAUUUGCUUUAAUCUCAACAUCAAUCGAAAAACUUUAGAAUGGACCUCUACUGUAAAUAAGCAAUGGACUACAUCACAACUAACAAAAAAAUAUAUUAGGCAUAGGCAUAACAUAUAGGUGUAAGACAUUAAAACAAAAAUGACGAUCUCAUUGUGAUGUUGAUUGCUGUGCAAAUCAUGGUAAUGACUCAUUCAUUAUAAUGUGACAUCAGAUAAAAUCUUUUCCCACUUAAAAGUAGACAAAGAUACUAUGGAAAAGAGCAAAAAUACAAUUGUAUGUGCUAUAGAUGUAUGAAAUUGAGUUACGUGCAUUUGGUGAAAUGGCACAGGAAAUGAUAAACAUCUGGAAAACAUCUUGACCGGUAAUACACAUCGGUGUACCCUAAAUGCGCGGUAUGUUAAAACAGCAUUGUCACAUAUGAAUAGAAGUUUAGGCAUAUUUUAUAUUAAACUGUCUUGCUUCAUAGAUUCCACGGCUAUAUGAUAGCUGAUUUCAUUCACUGCCAACAUAAUCAUUGUUGUAGGUAUUAUACAAAUCCUACUCCUACCGAAUGAAUAAACAGGUCACGUUGUUGUACUUUGGUUGA